CUCAUCUAAACGAUUAACGUUAGCAACAUCACAACCUUUCAAAUUUCUUUGUCCUCAUCUCAAUUACAAAAAAUUUCGAGAUAAUGCCACUUCGAUAGCACAAAACAUACGAAAUCGUAAUGUAAAAAAUGUCGAUGUUUAUAGAGUGGCACAACUUUACAAUGAAUUCUGUGAUAUCACUACCGAAAUGAAUUCAUUAAGGAAUAAACGCAACGAGAUAGCAAAAUCAAUCAAAAAUCUUUCAUCUCCCUCGUCCUCCUCUUCAAAUUUAUCAGAAGAACGAGUCUCAUUACAAAAUCAAGGUCGAAAGCUAAAAGAAUUAAUAUAUCAAAAAGAAUCAAGACUUGUCGAAAUAGAACAGUUGCUUCUUCAGGAAGCAAUUCAUAUUCCAAACGAUACUCAUCCAGAUGUGCCUAUUGGUGAUGAAUCAAAGGCUCGAGUUCUAAAGCAGAUUGGUAAACAAUUAACGCGCGAAUCUGUAAAUUUCCCAAUUAAAGAUCAUAUGACAAUUGCAAACAAACAUGACCUUAUAGAUUUAGAAUCUGCAGCAAAUGUUACUGGAACCAGUUGGUAUUAUCUUCGUAAUGCCGGUGCAUUACUCGAAUUAGCAUUGAUUCAAUACGCGAUUCAAAAGGCGAUUUAUAAAGGAUUCACCCCAAUUAUCACACCAGACGCAAUUAGAACAGAGUUUAGUCAUGCAUGUGGGUUUAACCCGCGAACUCAGGAAAACGCCCAAAACUAUUUUUUAAGUACAUCAAUUUCGGAUUCUGCUUCUAAUCACAAUCUUUCUUCACCAAGAUUGAUGCUUUCUGCAACAGCCGAAAUACCACUCGCAGGUAUUUACGCCGGAAAAAUCUUACUAGAGUCACAGUUACCGAUCAAGAUGGUCGGAUUUGGAAGAGCAUUUCGUGCGGAAUCUGGUGCUCGUGGUGCUGAUACCAGAGGAAUAUAUCGAGUGCAUCAGUUUAGCAAAGUAGAAUUAUUUGCAUUGACUCGACCAGAAGAUGGUGAAAUAGUUUUUGAUGAGAUUAUUGCUUUACAAGAGGAGAUUCUCAAUGAUUUAGGAUUGUGUUUCAGAUUGCUAGAUAUGCCAACUGAAGAAUUAGGAGCCAAUGCUUUUCGAAAAUACGAUAUCGAAGCAUGGAUGCCAGGACGCGAUAGUUGGGGCGAAAUAUCAUCUGCAUCAAAUUGUACUGACUAUCAAUCUCGCAGGCUAAAUAUCCGGUAUCGGCCAGUAUCCACAACAGGUACAUCAACUGAAUUUGUGUAUACACUAAAUGGGACGGCCGUUGCAGUUCCACGUAUUAUUAUUGCAAUCAUGGAGAAUUUUCAAACGAGUGAUGGUAAAGUGAUAAUUCCUCAAGUAUUGAGACAAUGGAUGGGUGGAUUAGAUACUAUCGGAUAG